AUGAAAGCAAAAGCAAUGAGCAGAGGAGGUCACAGGGGUUCUAGAAGAGGUUUUCGGACACCUGUUAAUUAUCCACCUAAUAAUAGUUCCGAUGAUGAUGAAAUUAACAAAAAUACUGAAACAAGUAAAAACAAGCGUCCUACAAAAUAUUCCCCUGCGAGCUAUAACUUCAAUUUGGGAAGAGGGAAUGAUGGUCCAUCAUACCACUUCCGUAAACGGUUUCAGAAGAAUAGGGGUGGACCUCCUGCAGAUGUACGUGCAGGAGAUAAUAUUUCGUGGUACCGUGAUCGUAUAAAGAAGGAACAGCAACAAGAAAAUAUGAAAAAGAUACCUGUAAUAAGAAUCAGCCAAAGAAAAGUUGAUAAAAUAAGCUCGUUGCUCAAUACACCUGAUAUAAAAAAAUUUUCAUAUUUAUCUGAGCAUUGUAUGCCCUAUUACUUUAAACAAUUAGCUUCUAAUGAAUCAUUUGAAGAACGAUUAGAAAGGGCGAACAAAAAUAAAAUUACACAAGAUGAUGCUCUGAAUCAGGAACUGCAAUCAGAGUUUAUAAAUAAACAUGACAAUAUGACUUAUAAAACAAUGCAAAAGUCUCGCAAGGCUUUGCCUGCGUUCCAGAUGAAGGACCAAAUAUUAAAACAUAUUCAAGACAAUCAAGUUACAUUAAUAAGCGGUGAAACUGGAUGUGGGAAAACAACACAGGUAGCCCAAUUUUUAUUAGAUGAUGCUUUAAUGUCUGGAAAUGGCAGUGUAUGUAAAAUUGCUUGCACUCAGCCCAGAAGAAUCAGUGCAAUUUCUGUUGCAGAAAGAGUGGCAUCCGAAAGAAAUGAAAAUUGUGGUGUAAGCGUAGGAUACCAGAUUCGACUUGAAAAAGUUAUGCCCAGAAAAUCUGGUAGUAUAUUAUUUUGCACCACUGGAAUACUUCUACAAACCUUAGAAAGCAGUCCUGUACUGCAGGAAUAUUCACACCUCAUCAUCGACGAAAUACAUGAGAGGGAUGUUAAUUGCGAUCUGCUAUUAACAGUUUUAAAAGAGAACAUUAUUCCUCAUCGAAAAGAUUUAAAAGUGAUAUUAAUGAGUGCUACAUUGAAUGCAGAAAUCUUCUCAAAUUAUUUUGAUAAAUGCCAUAUUAUUACAAUACCAGGUUUUUGUUAUGAUGUUGAGGAAUUUUAUUUGGAGGACGUGUUAGAAGAAUUGAACUUUUACAGUUUUAAAACUGCUACAGGUCACAAUGCAAGAGAAAUAGGAAAGGCUUAUAAUGAUCAGAUAUACAAAGAAAUGUCCUCAUAUAUACAAAAAAAUAAGAACAAAUUUAGUAAAAAAGUUAUACAAGCUUUACUUAAUCCCCUCUCAGAAGAUAUCAAUUUGGAACUAAUUUCAAAACUGAUAUGGCAUAUUUGUGAUACACAGCCCGAUGGAGCUAUUUUGAUAUUUCUACCGGGACUCGACACUAUCUCCAAGUUACACAAAUCUUUGCUGAGUGAAUCUGAUAAAUAUAAUAAAUCUGUCCAGAUUUAUCCUUUGCAUUCCAAAUUAUCGACUGCAAAUCAAAAGAAAAUCUUCGAAAGUCCUCCAGAAGGUGUGAGAAAAAUAAUUGUAUCGACAAAUAUAGCAGAAACCAGCGUCACAAUCGAGGAUAUUAGAUAUGUAAUAAAUUGUGGCAAAUCCAAAAUAAAAUCGUUUGACGCUGAUUUGAAUUUAGACAGCCUUAAGGAUGAAUGGAUAAGUGUUGCUAAUAUGAAACAACGGAAAGGUCGAGCUGGUAGGACUAGGGAAGGAAAAUGUUAUCAUUUGUUCAGUAGACCGAGGAUGACUUUGCUGAAAGAAUUUCAGAUGCCGGAAAUGUUACGAAUGAGAAUCGAGGAAGUAAUUUUGAAAAUUAAGCUCUUGCAGCUUGGAAACAUAUCAGAGUUUUUGACGAAAGUACUAGAUCCACCCGAUGAGAAAGUUGUACAAUUUUCUAUUGAAUUUCUACAAAGAUUAAAUGCUCUAGACUCGGAAGAAAAUUUGACUUUACUAGGAUAUCAAUUGGCACAAUUGCCAAUGGAUCCCCAAGUGGGAAAAAUGAUUCUGAUGGCCUCGUUGUUCAGCUGCGUGCGGCCUAUAUUUUCUAUAGCUGCCAGUUUAGCUUUUAAAGACGCUUUUGUUUAUCCUCUGGAUCGUGAGAGAGACGUAGACCGCAGUAAACGAAGACUAGCGAAAAAUACCAGAAGCGACCAUUUGAUGCUGGCCGAAGCCCUAUCUGGUUUCGAAGAAGCGCAAAAAAAUGAAGAAGAAACGAGUUAUUGCCGGGAAAACUUUCUAAGUGCUUCCACAUUACGACUUCUUCAAAAUAUGACGAAACAAUUUGGCGAUCAGUUGUAUGAAAAAAAACUUUUAUACUCUAGUGACAUUGGAGAUCCAGUUAGUAACGUUCAGUCGACAAAUCAAAAUGUGGUGAAGUCCAUCAUUUCUGCAGGGUUAUAUCCAAAUGUUGCUUUCAUAAGAUUGAUUUCGGAGUUAUUGUCUGAAGAAGGUGCAUCGUAUUCGGACUAUGAAUUUGAAGAGACUUCUUCGGAUUGA